UAUUAAGUGCUGGCAGUUGAUAAUUAAUAGUACAAGAAUUGCUUGACUGACACUACUCUGAGAUCGACAGAUACAAGCCACCUAUUCAGAGCCACAACACGGAGAUGCCAUAUGGGACAAAAUGUGAUACUACUCCUAGUUCGAUAGAUACAAGCCACCUAUUCAGAGCCACAACACGGAGAUGCCAUCUGGGAUAAAAUGUGAUAGUACUCGAAGUUAGACAGAUACAAGCCACCUAUUUAGAGCCACAACACAGAGAUGCCAUCUGGGACAAAAUGUUGAGAUUUAGAAUGGUAGCUAAGGUGACAAACUAAGUUCAGUUUUGAGAAUCUAGUGGUUUCACUGCAAACCAUACCAGGUCUUCGUUGCAGUUCACAAGGCACAAACUUUAUGUUGAAAUUGAUGUAGAAGCCUGCAAAGUGCAGGAUAAUAGAACACGAAAGGAGCAUUGAGGUUAUGAGGUAUACAGACUGCCCAGUGAUGCUUUCUGUUGUUCAGGACACACUGAGCGGUUCAUCAACUGGAUGGACAGAUGAGAAGCACAUGCUCUAUAUUAGCUCACUGGAGUUAUCAUUUGUUACUAAAUUAUAUGAUGGAGAAGUCAACUCGAAUGGGGUGCUCUGCUGGUCUUCAAGUGAAUGGAGGCGUAAAACUCAUAAUGGAAAUCACAGAAACACAGAAGUUGAUCAGCAGGUAUAUAGCAGGAUGGUUGAGGCUGAUGCAGCCGAAUCCAGAUUAUCACAGGCUGAGCAUACACCUUCAUAUGACGAGGAUCAGGAUGGCAGGAAAGCUUAUUAUAUGGAUGAUGAUGAUGAUGAUGAUGCAUCAACUAGUGAUCCAAGACAAGAGGGAAUCAGUUACUAUGCAAGACGGAAGAACUUUGGAGGGUCUUGUACUUCCCAUUUGCACUGGCAUGGGCAUUCCCUUUCUGGAACAGAUUUAUCAGAUCAGAAUUUUGUUGACAAUGAGACUGAAGUUAGCGAGGAACAAAGGAGAGUAUGUAGCAACAAGCGACUGAAACUAGCCGCGGAUACAACCAGUAGUCCGGCUGCUCCAUCUGCAAUUCAUCAUGUGGAAAUAGAUUACAGUGGUAAUUCAUAAGACUUUGACAUCAGGUUACUUGACACGGAGCCUGCAUCUCGCAAAAGCCAUGGAUCGAGAAGAUGGUCUGUCUAAAGGUUUUCGACUGGAGUAGAUACCUGCCGGGAAAUAAAGAACAUGAGAAGUACUCCCCCGUCUGUUGACAUCCUUUAUGGAACGAAGGGCGUACAGUUUUCGUUUCAGAAAAGGGCAGUACAGUUUGUGUGUAGAGAGUUCAGUGUAUUUAUGUCCAGAUAGUGACAAAAUCGUAGCUGGUCCGGUGCAUAGUUUUCGUAGAUGCUAACUCCUUCCUGCAAACUCAACCAGUAUUAGCAGGUUGAUUUAAUUGACUGAACUAGUGUGUAAUACAACACCACUUACAGAAUAGCGAAAUGUCCUA